AUGACCAAACCUAAGAAGGAAGGGGGGCUUGGGAUCAAGGACCUCAGAGCACAGAAUAUAGCCUUAUUGGGGAAGCAGUUUUGGCGAAUAACAACACAACCAAAUUCACUCCUAUCUAGAGUUUUAAAAGAAAAGUAUUAUCGAUAUUACAAUGCAUUAAAAGCCAAAGUUGGAAACACACCUUCAUGUGGGUGGCGCAGCUUGCUAGAGGGGCGCAAAGUGGUUGAGAAGGGGCUUUCUUGGAGCAUUGGUACAGGCUCAAACAUAAGAAUUUUUGAAGACCCGUGGCUUCCACCUCCCUAUCCUUUCUCUGUCCCUCCACAAUCAGCUCAUCAAGCUACAAAUCCAACAAUUUUCUGGGUUAAAGAUCUGAUUACUUCAAACGGCCGGUGA